GCUCAAGCUCCCCCGGUUACCAAGCGACAUCGCUCACAUUUACCCGACUCUUUUUCGAGACAGCCUUGGCCGAGGGCUACUUUCUAAACUUCGUUUCCUCUUUUCUGUACGACAAGUCUGGCUUCCUGUCAACAUUCACACUCAAUUGACGGCCGUAGCUCCGAGAAACACCACAAACAUGUCUAUCCCCAAAGGAAUCUCGUCCGUCCUGAAGAAGGCGCCUUCCGACGUCGUCAUUCUGUCGUCGCUGCGUACACCCGUGUGCCGGUCGAACCGCGGACAGCUCAAGGACGCAUACCCCGAAGAACUGCUCUCGACCGUCCUCAAGGCCACCCUCGAAGCCAACCCGAACCUCGACCCUAAGAAGAUUGAAGAUGUCGCCGUCGGCGUCGUCCUCUCGGAGCUUGGCGGCUCCAAGGCUGCCCGCAUGGCCAUGAACCACGUCGGCUACCCCAACGACACCUCCUUGUACACCGUCAACCGCGCCUGCUCGUCAUCGCUGCAAUCAAUUGCCCUCAUCGCAUCGCAAAUCAGGACCGAGACGAUAUCGGUGGGAAUUGGUGCCGGAAUGGAGAGCAUGACCCGCAACUACGGUAGCCGUGCGAUUCCGGUAGACGUGUGGCCCGCCCUCAAGGAGUCACCGGUCAAGGAUGCGAGAGACUGCAUCAUGGCCAUGGGCAUCACAUCUGAGAACGUCGCUGAGCGCUAUGGUGUCUCCCGGGCAGACCAAGAUGCGUUCGCGCUGCGCAGUCACCACAACGCCUCAAGAGCGAGAGAAGAUGGCUCCUUCGCCAAGGAGAUUGUUCCCGUCACAACAAGAUUCCAGGAGACGGACAAGCAGGGCAACAAGGUCGGAGAGGAGCAGACAAUCACAGUCACCAAGGACGACGGCAUUCGCGCCAACAUGGCGAUUGAGGCCUUGCAGAAGCUGAAGCCGGCAUUUAAGGCCGACGGCGCCAGCACGGCAGGCAAUUCGUCGCAAGUGUCCGAUGGCGCGGCCGCGACGCUGUUGAUGCGCCGAAGCACCGCCACAGAGCUGGGCCUCACCGACAGCAUCAUCGGCAAGUUCGUCGGAGCAACCACCGUCGGAUGCGCUCCCGAUGAGAUGGGUAUCGGACCCGCCCUGGCGAUCCCCAAGCUUCUGGGCCAAUUCGGCCUGGAGAACAAGGACGUGAACCGUUGGGAAAUCAACGAGGCCUUCGCCAGUCAAGCGAUUUACUGCCUGAGAGCGCUUGAAUUGGAGCAGGCUUACGAGGAUGGCAAGGUCAACCCCGACGGUGGUGCUAUUGCACUGGGCCACCCUCUGGGUGCCACCGGUGCCCGCAUGACGAGCACCUUGCUCCACGGUCUCGGAAGAUCUGGAGGCGAGGUCGGUGUUGUGAGCAUGUGCGUCGGCACCGGAAUGGGUAUGGCUGGUCUGUUUGUAAGAGAGUAGAGUGUUAGUAUAGAAUCGAAGCUACCACAGUAUACUGUGCCGC